UUGGGGCGAUCACUCCACCCCCCAGCUACUCCAACAUCUACGGGAACGUCGCCGGAGUUGCCAGUCUUGAUGCCGGCGAUAAAUGCGAGAUUGAUGGUGCAGCGCGAUCCGUCAUUGCCGUGUGGAGGGUGAUCGUCGAGUGCAGCUCUAAAGAAACAGCGCGACUCAACGAAACUGAUCCACCUGUUUUCGAAACUCCUCCUCCAUGUCUGCCCAACACCCGACUUGCUCAUUCGGUCCCCAGAACAAAUCCACACUACAAUACAACUCCUAACUCAAGGCCUCCUCCACGACAAUUCCCACCUCGAUGUCAGACCCCAAGAACAAACCCCAAAGCUAAAUUUUCUGAACCUGCAUCAGAACACAACCACAGAGCACGUCGGAAUAUUUUUCAAAACUCCCGAGCUGCAUCAAGUACCGCAAUGAGGGCCACUGAAAAUCUGCAAUCUCCAAGUUCCAAUAAUUUCAAUUCGCUAAUUAACUCAAAUCGUCGAUCAGAAUCUUGCCUGAACGCCGACAAUAGCAAACGUGAGAUAAAAAGGAGCGAUGACGAAGAAGGACGAUGGGACGAUGCCAAAGGGCAACAGUCGUCAAUGAAAAAUAGAAGUCCUUACCUUAUUCUUGCAGAUCGAUCUGGAAAAUGCAUCGCUGGUCUAGAAAAAACGCCUCCUGCUGCCCUGCUUCCACCUAUAAACUUUCCGGAAGAGAGAACGAGCCAGACACUCGAGCCAUUGAACUUGGUUUCAAUGUUGCACGGAGCUUGUGCACCCAUAAGUGAUAUUCCUGAGACUGCCUUGGCGCUUGAAACAAAGAACGACACAGGAUACAGCACAAGCUCAGCCUCUACUAUCUGUCAAUUAACAAACGAAACAUUGGGAUUAAGCGGGCUUUGUUCGAGCAUUUCCACCAAUCCAGCGUCUCCUUAUCCAUUUGAUGACAGAACUUUGCUACUAGAGACCAGUGACACCCAAACUGACGAGAGAAACAAACGAAGUGUCGAGCAUUCUCUCGCCGAGGACAGUUACGUCAGUACUUCAUCAACUCAACACCCACGAAGAGAACGGAGCAGCCUCUCAGGCAGUUAUCUGGAAAUGAUGAGGCUCGUUGAUGACAGAAUCCAAAAACAAAGCGAAUCUUCAAGCGUUAAAUCCAGGCAGUCGAUGCGAGAACACGAACAUUUGCGACUGCACAAAAUGUCCAACUUCCGCACUCCUUCUAAGAACAGCACAACGAAUCCGCCAAUGAACGUCCAGUCGUCUGCAUGUAACACGCCUCCGCCAGUGUACCAUGCAGUUUGGAUUCGAAUCCAUCUUCCAUCUGGGUCCUUGUCUGAUUACAUUCCUGCCAAGAAAAGCGCUCUCAAGGAAGGCAUGUACGUGGUUGAGAUCCUGCCGCAUUCAGUUUACCCAAUCCAGGCUUGCAGCGUCGAGGUGUCUUCGGAUACUGAAGAGGUAGACGUGGUCCGCAUUGAAUGUCUUACUGCCGAUAGAACAACUGUGGAGUCCUUCCAGUACGGAAUGCUCGAGAGCUGAAUGCGUUACGCAGCACAACGUUCCUUCUUUACGUCUUUUACGUUUAGUUUAUCGUAAAGAUCGGGGGUAACAGUUUUGAUUUUUGAAAAUUUUAGUUUUUUUUUUAGUUCCCGGUGAUAGUCAUGGUUGAUGACUACAAUCCGAUGUAUAGUACUUGCUGUUCAACUACAUAAAGUGGGGUUUUGUGUUGAAUAUUACAAUCGUAGCACGUGAGCAAAUGGUUUUAAAAAUACGUAAGUUCCUAAUUGUGUUUUUAGAAGAAAAUGAAAAUCGUUUGUAAAUUCCAAUUAAAAAAUCACGCCG